CAGUCUGAGCAGGGACGCUGCGGGGCCGGUGGCGUGCGGACAGCGGUGUCUCACCCGCACUCCCCUUCUCUCGCAGCGCCGGCCAUGCACUCCCUGGUGUUCCUCUGCGCCCAGAAGCUGGCGUCCCACCACGCCACGGCCCGCGGCGCCCUGGAGGUGCUCCCCACGGAGCUCUACCCCGUGCUCUUCAAGGCGGCCUUCCUGGACAAGCGCACGCUGGUGCUGCAGGACCUGGUGCAGACCUGGCCCUUCCCGGUGCUCAGCUUCCAGCGCCUGCUGCGCCGCUGCCAGCACUGCGACCGCGCCCCGCUGCAGGAGAAGCCCAGCAAGCUGUGCGUGCAGACCGUCAUCCUGGGCGUCGUGGCCUACCUCGGCGCCGCGCUGGAGGGCCGGAGCCACGGCUCCGGCCGGCGGCACUGCCUGCGGGUGCUGGACAUGACGGGCCUGCAGGACGACGGCACCGACCAGGGCUCCGAGAGCAUGAGCCUGUGGUCGCGGACGGUGACGCUAGCCAAGGCCUGCAUCGACGUGUCCAAGCAGCAGAGCAAGUGCACCCAGCGCACCUCCAAGCGGAGGAAGGGCCCCUACAGCAGCCUGGCAGCGCUGCCCCCGCCACGCCUCGUCUCCGUGGAAGUCCGCGUGGACCUCUUCGUCAACAGCACCUCGUACGGGGUCCUCAAGGACGCCUUGCAGGCCAACGCCCACAGCGCCCUGCGGCUUCGGUGCCGGGACUUCCGGGCCGAGGAGCUGUCCAUCGCCAGCACCGUGGGGCUCCUGGAGUUCCUGGACCCGGCCGGCGUCAGACAGGUGGACCUGCGCUUCAACAACCUGGGGCUGUCGGGGCUGCGCGUGGUGCUGCCUCACAUGGCCAAGUUCACCAACCUGGUGAGCCUCAAGCUGCCCUACAGCAACAUCGAUGUGCGCCGGCUCUCGGCCGGCAUGGAGGGCAGCCUCCACUACUUCGCCACCCAGCUCGGCCGCCUCUCUUGCCUCAAGGAGCUCAACCUGGGCUCCUCCCGCCUCUCGGGGAGGCUGAGACAGCUGCUGGGCAACCUGCAGGGCCCCUUGGAAAGCCUCGAGCUGGCCUUCUGCUACCUUCUGCCCAGCGACUUGGCUUACCUGUCGCAGAGCCUCCACACACCCGCCCUCAAGAAGCUGGACCUCAGCGGCAACAACCUGUCGGACACGCUGCUGCAGCCCUUCCAGCGCCUGCUGCGGGAGGCGGCGGGCUCCUUGCUGCACCUGGACAUCAUGGAGUGCCGCCUGGCGGACACCCACCUGGAGGCGCUGCUGCCCAUCCUGUGCUGCUGUGCCCGGCUCCGCUACCUGGGCGUGUUUGGCAACCCGCUGUCCACACGUGGACUCAAGACCUUGCUGCUCCGCACAGCGGGACUCUCGGACCUGCGGCUCGUUAUCUACCCCUACCCUGUGGACUGUUACGGCGAGGACCUGCCUUGGCCGCCAUCCUCCUCCAGCCUGCUCAACGGCUCGGUGGACGAGGAGAAGUUCUCGCGGGUGAGCGCCGAGCUGCAGCAGAUGCUGCUGAGCACGGACAGGAACGAUGCCAUCUGGACCACGAACCUCUGCCGCCACAACACCCUGGACUACUUCAACCUGUAGCACCUUGUGGCAGAGGGGCCGUGGUGUGAUGGCCCCCGUGUCUGGCCAUCCAGGACACGCAGCAAUAACAUGUUUUUAUGCCAUUUUCUAA